AUGCGCUCCGAGGGCGCGGCCCCCGGGCCGGCGGCGCGGCUGUGCGGGGCGCUGAGCCUGGUGCUGGGCGCGCUGCUGGGCAGAGUGAUAGAGGGCCGUGGCGUCACGGACAGCAUGCAGAGAUUGUCCUCGCUGCCCCCAUACCUGCCAGUGAGCUACCACGUCCUCCGAGCGGAGACCUCCUUCUUCCUGAAGGAGACCAGCCAAGACCCCCAGCGCAACUGCAGCCUGCAGACCAGGGUGGAGUCCUUCUUCACCUACAGGGCCCAGCGGCCCCCCAUCCUCAACGCCACCCUUGGGCCCUUCUCCGUGGAGAAGGCAGUGCCUCUGGACUUGAUGGCCACUUCCAACUUUCUCGGCCCGACAGACACGUUUCCUCUCAACUGGCGGCUGCGCGCCCACAUCCUACAGGACAAGGUCUACCUGAGCCGGCCCCGCGUGCAGGUGCUGUUCCACCUGGUGGGCCGGGACUGGGCCGAGCGCGGUGCCAACGGGGAGGCGCUGCCCUGCCUGCGGCUCUUCGCCUUCCGGGAGACCCGCGAGGUGCGGGCCAGCUGCCGGCUGCAGGGGGCGCUGGGGCUGUGCGUGGCCGAGCUGGAGCUGCUGGCCGCCUGGUUCGGGCCCCCGACGGUGGUGGCGGGCCGGCGGAAGGCGGGGGUCCCGCCCGAGGGCAGCCCCGUGGAGCUCUACUACAGCCUGCAGCCGGGGGACGCGCGGGGGGGCUGCGGCGCAGGGGGUGUCAGGAAGGGCAACGCCAUCCGCCCGGGCAGGGGCGGCCUGGAGGAUGCCACGGGCCAGCUGCAGAGGAUCGGCCCCAUCGGCCUGUUCCGGGGCCAGGACAGCGCCCUGCUGAGCGAGCUGCACUUGGACAGCAAUGUGGCCAUCCGGCUGCCCACCAGGCCCGUCAAGCAAGGGGACGUGGUCACUGCCUACGUCACCAUCGCCAGCAACUCCUCUGUGGACCUCUUCAUCUUGAGGGCCAAGGUGAAGAACGGGGUGAACGUCCUGAGCGCCAGGAGCGGCGGGCCCCGGCUCUGGGACGUGCAGCAGGAGCUGGGGAGUGGCGGGAAGCACAGCGUGGCCGCCCUGGUGUGCCGGCGCCUGGGGCCCAGCGCGCGCAACAGGAGCAGCAGCAGCUACACCGAGGUCGCGCAGAUGAACUUCGAAAUCGCGAGCGUCAGCAGCCUGUCGGGGUCGCAGCCGGUCUCCUGGCAGGUGGAGUACCCCCGGCGGGGCAGCACCGGCGUGGCCGUGGCCGAGAUCUUCGUCAGCCAGAAGGACCUGGCGGGCAUCGUCCCCUUGGCCAUGGACACGGAGAUCCUGAACACGGCCAUCCUCACGGGGAGGCCGGCGGCCGUGCCGGUGAAGGUGGUGUCGGUGGCGGAGGACGGCACGGUGACCGACAUCUCCGAGUCGGUGGAGUGCACGUCCACCGCCGAGGACGUGGUCAAGGUGUCUGACCACUGCGACUAUGUCUUUGUCAACGGCAAAGAGAUGAAAGGCAAGGUGGAUGCGGUGGUGAAUUUCACGUACCAGCACCUGAGGGCCCCGCUGCACAUCACUGUGUGGGCGCCCCGGCUGCCCCUGCAGAUCGAGGUCUCUGACACAGAGCUCAACCAGAUUAAAGGCUGGAGGGUCCCCAUCGUGACCAGUAAGAGGCCCACGCGGGACAGCGAGGACGAGGAGGACGAGCCGCGGGGCCGGGGCUGCGCCCUGCAGUACCAGCGCGCCACGGUGCGUGUGCUCACCCAGUUCGUGGCCGAGGGCGCUGGCCCCUGGGAGCCGCCCAGCCACUUGCUCAGCCCAGACUGGCAGGUGGACAUCACCCAUCUGGUGGCCGACUUCAUGAAGCUGGAGGAGCCGCACGUGGCCACGCUUGAGGACAGCAGGAUCCUGGUCGGGCGGGAGGCUGGGAUGACCACCAUCCAGGUGCUGUCCCCGCUGUCCGACUCCAUCCUGGCAGAGAAGACAGUGACCGUGCUAGAUGACAAGGUAUCGGUGACAGACUUGGCCGUCCAGCUUGUGGCGGGGCUGUCUGCCACCCUGCACCCCAGCGGGGAGCACAGCAAGACUGUCACAGCCGUGGCCACGGCAGACGAGCUGCUGCGGACCCCCAAGCAGGAAGCUGUGGUCAGCACGUGGCUGCAGUUCAGUGAUGGCUCCGUGGCGGCCCUGGACAUCUACGACGCCGAGGACUUCACCCUGACGGCCACCUCCCUGGACGAGGCCGUCGUGUCCACCCCCCAGGCCCACUCUCCGCAGUGGCCUGUGGUGGUGGCAGAAGGGGAGGGCCAGGGGCCGCUGGUGCGGGUGGACAUGACCAUCGCCGAGGCCUGCCAGAAGUCCAAGCGCAAGAGUGUCCUGGCCGUGGGCGUCGGCCACAUUGGGGUCAAGUUUGGCCCCAGUGAGGCGGACACCAGCCCCAGCGGGGCCGGGAGCGACAUCGAGAACCACGCCAGCGAGCGGCGGCACAGGGGCCCGGACCCCGAGCGCGAGGGCCAGGACCCGCCGCAGGGCAGCCCCUCCCUGGAGCGGGAGGAGGGGGCGCUGCGCAGGCCCAGCACCACGGCCCGGGCGCUGCAGGACAAGGCGGCGAGGGCCGGCCGGCCCGACGGGGGCAGGCUGCCGGGGGAGGGUCAGCCGCAGACCAUCCCCCUCGACUUUGCCAACUUCCCGGCGCAGGUGGAGCUGCCCCAGGCGGGGGCCGGGCUGCAGGAGAGCGGCCUGGUGCCCACGCCGCGGGGCCUGAGCGACCUGGAGAUCGGCAUGUACGCGCUGCUGGGCGUCUUCUGCCUGGCCAUCCUGGUCUUCCUGGCCAACUGCGCCACCUUCGCGCUCAGGUACCGGCACAAGCAGGUGCCCCUGGAGGCUCAGGCCUCCAUGACCCACUCGCACGACUGGGUGUGGCUGGGCAACGGAGCCGAGCUCCUGGAGGGCGUGGGCGACAGGUGCCCGCCUGCCGAGCGCACCACUGUCCUCGACCGCGGCCUGGGGGGCGGUGAGGAAAGCAACCGGCCACUGCUCAACGGGGGCUCCCCGGCGCCGGGGCCCAGCCAGAGCCUCGGGGCGGACCGGCCGGCCCGGGGGCAGAGGCCGGAGCCCCCGCACUCGCCCACCUCCAGGAGGAAGAAGGUGAAGUUCACCACCUUCACCACCAUCCCCUGCGACGGCGGCCCCGCCGUGAACUCCGUCCUGGGCGGCCACGAGCAGGGUGCGGAGUGGGGCUGCCGCCAGGCGGGCGGGGACAGCCCCGCGGAGCUCGGAGACUACCUGGAGCAGCUCAAGGACGAGGCGUAGCGCGAGGUCGCGGGGCCGGGCCGGGCC